GGAAGCCGUCCCCUUUGACCUCGCGAGAACUCAAUGCCUACGUCACGUUACCUUUGACAUAGAUUUGUUUCUGCAACUGAGAAGCAGCCAGAAGGGUCCAAGAUGAACAGAGCUUUCAACAAAACGAGUCUGAAGCAGUUGGCUGGUGUUCUCCAAAGGUUUCAAAGCACCUUGGUGGUUGCAGAGCACAACAAUGAAAAGUUGACCCCUAUUACACUCAAUGCCAUCACGGCUGCCAGUAAGCUGGGUGGAGAUGUGUCGUGUCUUGUUGCUGGAACAAACUGUGCACAGGUUGUAGAGCAAAUCAAAAAAGUACAAGGUGUGAAUAAGGUUCUGGUUGCUCAACAUGAUUCUUACAAAGGUUCCCUGCCAGAGGAGCUGACUCCACUUAUCCUGGAAACUCAAAAGCAAUUCAAAUUCACCCACAUCUGUGCUGGUGCUUCUGCCUUUGGAAAGAACCUGCUUCCCAGAGUGGCUGCCAAGUUGGAUGUAUCUCCAGUUUCAGAUAUUAUUGAGAUUAAGUCGCCGGACACUUUUGUCAGAACAAUCUAUGCUGGAAAUGCUCUCAGCACUGUGAAAUGUAAUGAGUCGGUCAAGAUCUUCACGGUCAGAGGCACAUCCUUUGAGGCGGCUCCAACAGAGGGAGGAAGUGCUGCAUCAGAAGACGUUGCUACUACUUCUCCUGCUGGAGUUUCUGAGUGGCUGGAACAGAGUCUGACAAAGAGCGACCGCCCAGAUCUGACCAGCGCUAAAGUUGUGGUGUCAGGAGGAAGAGGCUUGAAGAGUGGAGAAAACUUCCAGCUGCUUUAUGACCUUGCUGACAAGAUGAAUGCUGCAGUUGGUGCAUCCAGAGCAGCAGUGGAUGCUGGGUAUGUCCCCAACGACAUGCAGGUUGGACAGACGGGCAAGAUAGUAGCACCUGAGCUGUACAUUGCUGUUGGCAUCUCUGGAGCUAUUCAACACCUGGCUGGAAUGAAAGAUAGCAAGGUUAUCGUUGCUAUCAACAAGGACCCAGAGGCUCCGAUUUUCCAGGUGGCUGACUACGGCCUGGUCGCUGAUCUUUUUAAGGCGGUUCCUGAGAUGACCAAAGCACUGGGCAAGUGAGGAAAAGAAUAAAGAGACCACCGGGUCCCUCAGCCACUGCCUCAACAAAUAUCUGAAGCUGUGUGCAUGGAGACCUAGACCUACACCUUCAGACUGGAAAUAGAAGAUCUUCUCACAAUAUAAUUCAAUACCAGUUUCAUUUUGUACAUUUGUACGUACCUGGUGACGGUGUUUUUAGCGGAAGUACUACAGGUGGGGAAAUUUGUAUUUAAUUUUCUGGUGCAGCAAUGUGCAUUUGUGUGAAGGCCUGACUGGUCUCUGACCUGGUUGAUUGUAAUAUGUUGCUCUUUAAUGCUAACUCGGAGAGGUAAAUGUAUUAGAUUAAAAAACUAAUGACA